AUGGAUUCUCGUAAACGUCGUGCAUCAAACUCAAGUGAUCAGAAUGAUGAAUCGAAAAAACCGAAAUCAUUUCAAGAAAACGAAGAAAAGUCACAGGAAGAAUAUCCCUUGGAAGCUCAAAAGGGAAAAGCAUCAACACUGGAAGAACUCUCCAAUGAAAUUUUAUUAGGCACAUUGGAUUAUUUAUCACUGAAAGACGUUGUACAUUCCUUCGUGCAUGUUCAUGCUUUGCUUUCACCAAAAGUUAUUCUUGUGGGACAAAAUCCUCAUUGUGAAGCAGAAUGGCUGCAAUUGAAACAAGGUGUUCAUUAUGCAAAAUUAAUAAAUCUUGCUGAAAUGUUCAAAGCAUAUAAUCCAAGAUAUUCCAAUUAUAGGUUAUUGAUGGUGAAAUUACAGAAAUUUAUUCGAUAG